UCCUGCCAGCUCAUGGAUCAUACAGUGCUGAGAUGGAGAUUAGUAACUUCAAAUGGCUGGGUCAGGUAGAGGAAGAGGACGUGCUUCAUUUACAUUCAACAUUGAAGCCAUUGGCUUCUCUAAAGGUGCAGUUCUACCUGAUGUUGUGUGUAAGCCUCCACCGCUAUUUCCUAGUACAGAAAAUAAGCCAGUGCCUCUGAAAACAGGAGACGAUGAAGAUUACAUGUUGGCCUUAAAACAAGAUUUUAGAGGAGCUAUGAAAAAAAUGCCAUAUUUUUUGGCAGUAGAAGAAGAUCAUGAAGCAAUUGAAAGGUACAGUAAAAAGUACAUGGAUGAUGAAAAGGAGCAUGCAGCGUGGACUCCAGAUUGGAGAAGACUUCCAAGAGAGAUGAAGCCAAGGAAAAAGAUGAAGAAAGCAGGUGCAAAACCAAAAAAGGCAAAGAAUUCUGAGCCUAAAAGUAACGUGGAUGUGUUGAAAAAAAUUGAGGAGUUGGAAAAGAAAGAUGAUGAAGAAGAAAAAUCUGAUGAUGAGAAAGACAGAACAAAAGAUAAACAAGGUGAAGAUGAUGAAGAAGCUGAAGAGCCAGAAGAAUAUGAUGAAGAGGAACAUGAAGAGGAAAAUGACUAUAUUUCUUCAUACUUUGAAGAUGGAGAUGACUUUGGUGCUGGCAGUGAUGACAAUAUGGAUGAAGCAACAUACUAGCUGUUGUUGCUAGGAGGUGUACUGUUCAUGGAAUAGAAUCCUGGAGGUAGGCUGAGUAUUACUGACAGAACUAAUGCUUCAGAUCUUUUGGGUUUAAGCUUACUCUCCGAAAACAUAUGGAACAAUUUUUUGUAAUGGUUUUUCGCUGUAAAAUGGGAUCCCAGAUCCCACAUUUUGUUCAUUUGCUAUGUUUUGCAGAUAUGCACUUUUUAAAGCUUCUCUGAGAUGCCUACUGAUGCCAAUACAUGGCCUCUGCACAGAAAAAGAAUGUAUCCAUUUUUGUCGAAUUGUGCCUAAGCAUUUGCACUUGUCAGUUCUGUGCUUUAGCUGUGAAAUUCCUCAUAACUGGAGCAAAGCAAAAAUAAAGCCGUUACGGAUGAAAGCUGCCCAUACUUAGCAGCUGACUUCUUUGAAGGAAUUCGCAUUAACUUCUGAAUUCAGGGGACUGAAAAUAAUUGACCACUAAGCACUUUAAUGUAAACUGACUUGAAAGAAUUGUAGGAAUACAGACUACCAAGGUAAUAAGUAUUUUGAAGAGGUACUGUUCUAGUCAGCAGAACUCUUACCUUUAGUAUAUUAUUUAAAAGGAAUGAUAAUAUUUAACAAUAUGUUUACAUUGCCUGUAUGCAUCAGUAUAAGUGAUUAUUAGGGGUAAUUUCAUUUAGAAAGAAUACAUGACAGAAUUUAAGAUUGAGAAAGUAUGCAAUUGUGUUUUCAACAGUAGCAUGCAGUUUGAAGGGAUAAGAGUUUUACUAACUCCUCAGUUUUUCUGCCUGUUACGGCAAUAUUAACUUUCCUACCUCGCAGAGCUGUUAAGUGAGAUAGCAGAUUAUAUCCAUGUAACGAGGCAUUUACUUACUUUUCUACAAAACAAACAAAAUAUACAGAAUGAAAACUAAUAAAAAAGCACAUACAUUUCUCAUGCAAGAGAAAUAUGUUGUAAAGCAUGUUGAUUGUGAAAAAUUAGGAAAACAUGAGUGCUCAGAAUAGGAAAACUACAAUGUUUAGAAACUUUUUAAAGAACCAACAGCCAAAAUGUAAAAAAUUUAUUCCUGAGUUUAGAAGCUAGAGGAACACAGUGACAGAGCAGUCUCUGUGUCCCUUUGUCCUUUGACUAUAUAAAAUAUUUAUCAAUGUUAUAAUUUAUCAGUUUUGUUGUAACAUGAAUGUGCUGUUCCUUCUAACAGGUUCUGUUGGCAGGACUAAUGAAAAUAAAAUGUUUUAAGAGCAA